UGUAGUUUGGCUCGUAAUGUCUUGCCGCAACCAGACGACGGCAUGCCAAAGAAAAGAAUCGUGUCAAGGACAGCCCCGUUCGUCUACUGUAGCAGUGGGCCUUCCGUAUGCUUCCUCGCAGCCACACACCCAAGCGACAGCAAGCAGACAUCACCGAGGUGAUCACAGCAUCACAUCACAGAUGGUGCCAGAAGCGUUUGAACGAGAAGAUUCCGUGGAGCAAAACCUUUGUUCUGGAAGAUCGUCAAGCAUGUUGUGGAGAUCUCGCGUCUGCGGAUAUACUAGAUCCGCUUGUUACAACCGCCAGUUUAGUUACUCCGCAGCUUUGCUCAUGAUCCCGUGCGGGUACGGGUUAUAAGAUCGUGGUAUUCCAAAAAAUUCAAUUGGCAAACGCACCUCAGCUUCUACAUUUUAUGCUCUGGUCCUGAAGACAAUGGCGAAACCCGGAAAGUUAAGAAUUGGGGUCUUCGUCCCCGUCGGCGCACAGCUCUUAGAUCUCUCUCCUAUCGAUCUCUUCGCGAUGCUGAGUCCAAAAUAUCUCACGGCAUGUACGCUUCCUGCUCCUCUGGUCAACCUAGGGACACGCUCGGUAAUACAUUACAUCGCGCUGCCACAGACAGGAGCCCAUGUUGAAUUGACCGCAAACGCAUUUCUCAAGGUCUCUAAAACAAUCAAAGAUGCUGAAGUUCAACCAGGACUACUGGACAUAAUCCUUAUUCCAGGGCCAGAUCCGUCUUCAGUCUUCGAGGAAGAUAUCUUGGACUUUGUAAGGGCUCAUGCUGGCUGGAAGGGGAAAGAUGGAGAGUAUGUUGACAUGUUGUGCAUUUGUACCGGCAUAUAUAUGCUAGGUCAGAGCGGAAUUCUGAGAGGAAAGAGUGCCAGUGGUCCAAGGGCAUUAGUACCUGCCCUGAAAAAGAAAUUUCCUGAUGUGAAGUGGGUAGAUGAGAAAAGAUGGGUGACUGACGGAAAUAUUUGGACGAGCGGAGGAAUCACGAAUGGACAGGAGAUGAUAGCAGCGUAUAUCAGAGAAAAGUUGCCUGGGCCAGCAGCGGAAGCAGUCCUGGAAAUGGCCGAUGUAGGGGACAAAGGUGUCAAUUAUACCAGAAGCAAGUCUGGCGACAUUAUUUGGUGGCUGUGGCAAAUACUCAAGGCUGUGGUGGUGGGGAAGAUUAGUUCCAAGAAGAAGAAGGCUUUGUGAUGAACAUGGACCUGUGGACUCAAACUACGUUGGAGCAAGAUGUUUAGGAUGCUCAUUUUGUACUGGUGCUGUCAUCGGAUCAGCUUGUAAGGAACGGGGGGAAAAAUUGGGAUGAGGAUGCUGUUAUCCAGUUCCCAGAACAAGUUCCUCUCGCAGGAUUUAUUUUGAGUAUAGAUAAAGUAUGGAAAGUAUAUGAAGCAGUUCACUGCUAUGGAUGUAG